ACGGGAUGCAUCCUCCCUUUUUGGUGAUGAUGUCCUGGCGUUUUUACGAGUCGAAAAGUGUCCAGUCUUGAGGCUUCUGCAGCAUUGAGUGCAGCUCCUCCUCCUUCUUCUCUACCUCUACCAACCUACUUUUUCCUCCUCUGGUCAUCUUCUUCUCCACCCCAUUUCAGUUUCGUCUUUCAAGGACGAGCUUUCAGCCACACCCGGCAGCCCCCUUUGUUUCCUUCUCACCCCUCCAUCUCAACCUUCCCGAACGCAAUUGUGUUCUCCUUUCGGCGGCACAUCGUCGAUUGUUUGGGCUUCGACCUUUUCCGGACCAUUGAUCUUCACGCCCACUUUCCUGUUCGUUGCCUGACGUUUAACCUCCAAGCAUCAGCUGGGAACAAAGGUACCUUACCUUGCUGACUUCGAGGAUUCUCUUCUCUGACAAAGGCCCACGGUUCCCCCCUCUUGUUACAUUCUUAGUGCCUUGUCCCUCUACAUCACACACUUCGUUAACUAUACUGCCACGCGUCCAUUCUACACUCUCGUUAAAUCCAUCUCUUUCUCUUCCAUGAUCGGCCUUGCCAUCAAACUACCACCUACGGCCUAACCGAUCCCCGAUUGGAUUGAUAUCUCUUCGUCCACGCCCACGAUCGAUCUAGACACUCUGAAGCUCCCUUGAGCGAACUUGCACCAUGGCGACCCCGACGGAUGGCUCCGAGCGAGCCACCACGGCCUCCGGUGCCGAUCCCUUUGGAGAUGCGGCCCGGAGACGCAACAAUCCUCCAGUCGCUCCUACUGCUACCGAAAAGCCCCAGCCCGAGGAUAAGAAGAAGGCUCUGGUUCCCGUGAAGAAGGAGCAGAGCUUCCUUGAUUGUAUUGCGAGCUGGGAGUGGAUCGUUGCCCCCGUCGUCUUCACGUUCCUGGCUUUCUUUACGCGUUUCUGGCAGAUUGGUCUUUCCCCCAUCGUGACAUGGGACGAAGCUCAUUUCGGAAAAUUUGGUAGCCAUUACCUCAAGCGCGAAUUCUACUUUGAUGUUCACCCUCCUGCCGGAAAGCUCCUCGUUGGUCUGAGCGGAUUGCUUGCGGGUUACAAUGGAUCUUUCGAGUUCAAGUCCGGCGAGACUUAUCCCGAGGAAAUCAACUACACUUUCAUGCGCCAGUUCAACGCUUUCUGGGGCGCCGUGUGCGUUCCCCUGGCCUACUUUACCGCCAAGGCGCUUCACUUCAAGCUCCCUGCCGUCUGGCUCGUCACUCUCAUGGUUCUUUGCGAGAACUCGUACACCACCAUCAGCCGCUUCAUCCUCCUCGAUUCUAUGCUCCUCUUCGGUACCGUGGCCACCACUUUGUGCUGGGCCAAGUUCCAUAACCUACGCAAGAAAAGCUUCACGCCUGAGUGGGCCUUCUGGUUGUUCCUGACUGGUCUCAGCAUCGGCUUUGUCUGCAGUGUCAAGUGGGUUGGACUCUUCGUUACCGCUCUGGUCGGUCUCUACACCAUUGAGGACCUCUGGAACAAGUUCGGCGAUACCAAGAUGCCCGUCAAGGUUCUUGCUGCCCAUGUUGCUGCUCGCGUCAGCUGCCUCAUUAUCCUGCCCUUUGCGGUUUACCUUUUGAGCUUUGCCAUCCACUUCUGGGUUUUGACCAACUCCGGCCCCGGCGAUGCCCAGAUGCCCUCGCUCUUCCAGGCUAACUUGAGAGGCACUGAGGUUGGCAGGGACAGCCCCUUGGAGCUUGCUAUCGGCUCCCGCGUGACUAUCAAGAACAUGGGCUAUGGUGGUGGCCUGCUUCACAGUCACGUUCAAACCUACCCUGAGGGUUCCAACCAACAACAAGUAACCUGCUAUCACCACAAGGAUGCCAACAACGACUGGUUCUUCUACCCUAACCGCAGGGAGCAGGCUUAUGACGAGAACUCUGACGAGAUUCGUUACAUUGGUGAUGGCAGCACCGUUCGCCUCAUCCAUGCCCAGACCGGCCGCAACCUCCACUCCCACGAGAUCCCCGCUCCCAUGACCAAGAGCGACAAGGAGGUUUCUUGCUAUGGCAACCUUACCGUUGGUGAUGAGAAGGACCACUGGAAGAUUGAGGUCGUCAAGGACACCAAUUCUCGCGAUCGCUCCAAGAUCCGCACUCUCACCACUGCCUUCCGCUUGAAGCACGAGGUUUUGGGAUGCUACCUCCGCGCUGGAACCGUCAAUCUUCCCCAGUGGGGUUUCAAGCAGAUCGAGACUACCUGCACCAAGACCAACAACCCUCGUGACACCUACACUCACUGGAACGUCGAGUCCCAUACUAACCCCAAGCUGCCUCCUGCUGAACCCGGUCAGUACAAGAGUCAAUUCCUUCAGGACUUCAUUCACUUGAACGUUGCCAUGAUGACCUCGAACAACGCUCUUGUUCCCGAUCCUGACAAGCAGGACGAUUUGGCUUCCCAAUGGUGGCAGUGGCCUAUUCUUCACGUUGGCUUGAGAAUGUGCAGCUGGGAUGAUAAGACUGUCAAGUAUUUCCUGCUUGGCAAUCCUCUCGUCUACUGGGGCUCCACUGCCGCUCUUGGAGUAUUUGGCCUUCUUGUUGUUUGGUACACUCUCCGCUGGCAGCGUGGCUACAAGGAGCUCGGCCAGGACGGCAUCGACCAGAUCCACUACGCCGGAGUCUACCCUGUCAUCGGCUGGUUCCUCCACUACUUGCCCUUCAUCGUCAUGGGCCGUGUCACCUACGUCCAUCACUAUUACCCGGCGCUCUACUUCGCCAUCCUCUGCUUCGGUUUCCUUGCUGACUGGUUCCUCAGAGCCAAGAGCAAGCUUACCCAGGGCAUUGCCUAUGGUAUCCUUUAUGCGACAGUUAUUGGGCUUUACAUCUUCUUCAUGCCCAUCAGCUGGGGAAUGGUCGGCCCGAACCAGCAAUACAAGUACAUGAAGUGGUUCGAUAACUGGAGGAUCUCGGAUUAGAUGUGGUGAUUGGGAUGGAACCUAUGGGCAGCCCCGUUCUCGGUUGGCAAUCAUCACAGCAGCAGUCUUCCUGUAACUGAUGCUAUUCCAAAAGUGUACCAAAUUCUGUGCAUCUGCAUUGACAACAUCUUAUUUCCUUUUAAGUUUGAUCUAAAACAAAAAGAACAAUGAGCUAUAGAAAAAUGGGAAACAUUUCAUUAGUGUGUCUACUGGAGGGUAUUUGUCGAGAUAUUUGCCUGUUGCAAUCUGAUGAAGAGUGUCUGUAACGAAAGACAGUGGUUUCCUUGAUGUAAUAGAUCAGGGCUAUCAAACUUGCGUAUUAGGGCAAGUCAUAUACUCAGAAACACGGUACACUUGUCGACUAGCCAUUUGCUUUGGUAGUAGUGAUGAGAAAGUCUAUGGUUCUGCCUGCGUUCCCGGCAUCAAUGCCCGAUAUCCUUUGUUGAAAAUGCAGAUGCGUUCAUGUCGGUCGAACAGGAAAUCAUCAGGGCAAUACAUCAUUACAUCCAUCCACAUCAUUAUCUACUUUGCUCCCGGGUUCCUGUCAAUCCUGUUUCGAAUUAAUACGCGGCAGACCGACAGUCGUGAUAUCCCCCACCAUCGUUUCCCUUUCCCUAGCUUUUCACAUUCCCAUAAAAGGUUUUGAUCGUAUCUCAUGUGUAUUUGAUUCGUCCCUCUUUGCUUUCCUCCUCCACCUUCUCCUCCUCAAGGGGCUACCCUUCACUCAACAACACCCUCCAUAACCGCCCGCCUUAUCCCCCGUCAACUUCACAUGCGUUCCUCCCCCUCCUGCGCCGCCUCCACCUAACCCAGCACUAGGCCCCUUUACCCCCGACCGUCUAUCAUUCAAAUCGUACUUUCCCGCCUGAAUAUUCUGGUAUAUCCUCUCGGCCACCCUCAUAAACGCCUUCUCGACGUUCUCCCCGCUCUUGGCGCUCGUCUCCACGUACUCGAGCACUCCAUUCCUCCUUGCCCACUCUUCCGCUUCUUUCCUCGUUACUUCUCGCUUGUUGUUUUCUCCCUCGUUUUCGUCGUUUGCUUCGGUAAGAUCGGCCUUGUUGCCGACCAAGAUCACCACAAUGUCCGGCUCGGCAAUGGCGCGAAGGUCGUUCAGCCAGUCGGUUACGUGCUCAAAUGUCUGUUUGCGCGAGAGGUCGAAGACGAGGAGGGCGCCCGAGGCGCCGCGGAAGUAGGAGCGCGUGACGGAUUUGUAGGUUUCUUGGCCGGCCGUGUCCCAGAGGGAGAGUUUCAUGUGUUUUUGCGGGACAGGGGGGUCGGAUGCUGAAGAAGAAGAGGAGGAGGGCUUGGCGGCUAUUGGGGGUGGGGGGAGGCCCCCGGAGGAGGAGGUUGUAGUGUUUGGUAUUGUUGUUGUUGUGGAAUCUGAGGUGAAGGUGGUUGUGGAGGAUGCUGGUUGUUGUUGUUGUGAUUGUUGGGAAUCGAGGUUGCUGUGAGGAGGACCGACGGGGACGAUGCGUGAGCCGAAUUCGACACCGAUGGUCACGUCGUGGUGGGUGACGAAGCGGCCCUCGCAGAGCCGGAUGGUGAGCGAGGAUUUACCGCAGCCUGAGUCGCCGAUGCACACUAGCUUUGCGAUGUAGUCCCAAGGUAAUGAGGACGACAUGGUGGGUUCUGAUUGUGGAAUAUCCUCCUGACGAUUCGGCUGAUAGGGUGUUGAAUGGAUGUUGGUAGUUUUUUGUUGAAAAUAAUGGAGGAGGAAGAAUCUCCAGAUACUGUCGGGAGGAGUAUGAAUGCUUCUCGAUGACGGAUGGCCUGGGCCUUGCUUGGUGUUUAUCGUUUCGAGUUGCGGGGACUGGGUUAUGGGUAACCGAGCGGGAGUUUGCAAGGGGUUCACUCGUCAGGAGAUCAGGCGAGGUGAUAGACUGCAGAGCUAUCCCGAGAUAGGCAGUGGAUCUGGUUCCCUGUUAUAUCCAAGAGUCGGCGGCUUGGACGGUGUCUCUUGGGGGACUGGUCUGACUGCUUGGUUGAUCGAUGAUGAUAUAUGUGGCUAAGUGCCGCCGAGGCUGGACUGAAGAAUCUUGCUUCUGUUGGGAAUGUGAUUCUCACACCGUUCCUGACGACAAUGCAACGCAAGUGAUGGUUGGACUUUUAACUCGCUGCAGUGGCUGGACGUCGUUCAGAGUAUCGAUGAGGAUUUGGACUCGGAAAAAAUGAUGGAGAUGUUGACUCGUCG